AUGAAUCAGUUAUUUAAGAACCUUUGUGCCAUUAGUUUCAAAUCUAACCUAUCACACAAUAUUCACACUAGUUCCUCUACUUUAGCAUGGUCUAAAUCAGAUGCACCGAAAAGAUUUCUUAGACACAAUAAAGUAAUAUAUCCCCCACAAUCAGCAGAUGAAACACCUAGACCUGCUUUUGUAUGUCAUCAAAAAACUAAUAUAAAGUACAGUCCUGAUAAGCUAUGGUAUAUAGCUAGCUUUGUUAGAGGAAUGACAGUAGAUGAAGCAGUAAAACAACUUAGUUUUGUUAAUAAGAAAGGGGCAAUAUUUGUUAAAGAAGCCAUACUUGAAGCUCAAGAACUUGCUUUAAAAAACCACAAUGUCGAAUUCAAAAGCAACUUAUGGGUCGCUGAAUCAUUUUCUGGUAAAGGAAUGGUGAUAAAAGGCAUCAGAAGACACGCUAGAGGAAGAAUGGGUGAAGUCAGAUACCAAUACUGUCAUUACUUUGUAAGACUUGAAGAAGGGAAACCACCUACAGAUUAUUAUAAGAGAAAUCCACUAACACCACAAGAGCAACUGGAAAAUUGGCUGGAACAGAUGAGGAAGAGAAAGAUUACAAAUUCUUAUUAA